AUGGCUUUGGAAACGAACACCGACUCGUUACUAUUUCCGCCUCCUCCUCUCUCUAUUUUCCAUGGAAGUUCCGAAGUCCCAUUACUAAACUUUACCCUUGGCGAGCUUCUCGAUUUUCAAUGCGGACGGUACGGCUCCAAAGAAUGUCUGGUGGUGCCAUGGACAGGAGCAAGAUGGACAUACGACUACCUAAAGCAAGAGAGCAUCUGGUUGGCAAAAGCUCUUGCUGCUCGAGGAGUUCGCCCAGGUGACAGAAUUGGAAUCAUGGCCGGAAAUUGUGAACAGUACGUCUCUGUAUUCUUCGCUUGUAUGCGGGUCGGAUGCAUCCUGGUCAUUUUGAACAACACCUACACCACAUCUGAAGCACUGUAUGCGUUGAAAUUCACUGCAUGCAAAAUCCUGUUCACGACACCUAGAAUCAGCCAUCAUGACAACAGGCCACUUCUUCACCACCUGACGAAAAAUCCCGGAAUUGUUGACGAUAUUGUCAUUCUUCGCGGCUACCCUGGUCAAUUCAGCUCGUAUACCAACCUUGCGGAAAUGGGAGCCAUAGAACCCGACGAGCUAUUGUCCGAGAUUUCCCAAAAUUUGAGCACUCAUGACGUGUGUAACUUUCAAUUCACCAGCGGGACAACAGGAAAUCCAAAAGCUGCGAUGUUGACUCAUCAUUCUCUGGUCAACAACAGCCGAUUUAUUGGUGAUCGCAUGGCACUCACCGAAGAGGAUGUUUUGUGUUGUCCACCACCAUUAUUCCAUUGUUUCGGGCUUGUACUUGGACUUCUGGCAAUUCUCACUCAUGGUGGAAAAGUAGUCUAUCCCACUGAGACUUUUGACGCUGCAGCAUGUCUACAUGCAAUUUCCCAGGAGCAGUGUACGGCACUUCACGGAGUUCCAGCCAUGUUCGAUUCCAUAUUCAGUUUGCCUCGACCGGCAGACUUCGAUUGCUAUCGUUUAAGGACAGGGAUCAUUGCAGGAGCUCCAGUUCCUCGACAUCUUAUGGAACUCUUGGUCAACGAGUUCGGUAUGACUGAAUUCACCAGUAGCUACGGACUAACAGAGGCAUCUCCAACAUGCUUCAAUGCUUUUCAUGAUGAUCCCAUCGAUUUAAAACUGGCCACGGUUGGUCAAAUCAUGCCCCAUGCACAUGCAAAGAUAGUUGACCGCCAUGGGAAAAUUGUUCCUGUGGGUGAGCGUGGAGAACUUUGCAUCGCCGGGUAUCAAUUACAGCGAGGAUACUGGAAGAACCCCGAGAAGACGUCUGAGGUGAUGAUUCGUGAUGAAAGUGGCGUUUUAUGGCUACACACGGGCGAUGAAGCUGUUUUCCACGAGGACAAAACCUGCACAAUCACGGGCAGAUUUAAAGACAUAAUCAUCAGAGGCGGAGAAAACAUUUACCCUCUCGAAAUUGAAGAGAGAUUGGUCCAGCAUGAAGCGAUUGAACGUGCCAUAGUGGUAGGCGUAAAGCAUAGCAGAUAUGGAGAAGUUGUGGCAGCAUUUUUGCAACGUGCAUCUACUGGAGAGGUAAGGUAUUCUCAUCUCAGUGAUGAUGGCGUACGCGACUGGGUGAGAUUACAUCUUGGAAGACACAAGGCCCCGGCAUUUGUUUUCUGGCUGGGCGAAGGCGACAUUCCGAGCACAGUUCCUUUGACAGGGAGUGGCAAAGUCAGAAAGUUUGAGCUUGCAAGAUUGGCUGAAGAAAUUAUUGCUAAAGGGAGACCAAAACUAUAG